AUGAUAAAAAAGAUCAUUCACAGACCAAAGAAACCGCUUUUUGUGUUUAGAAGGGAGGAGUCUUUGCUCUAUGGGCCUAGAGUCAAGAGUGCACCACCAAUUGAAAUCAACUUUGAAACACCCACCAGGGUCGAGCCAAAGCCUGCAGCAAGAUUUACAAGACCUGAUGGAACACCUAUAAGAGAAGAGGAUUUGAUAGAUUCGACAGAUAGUGAUGCAUCAAGUGAGAGUUCGGUAGAGGCUGAAAAUAAGAUUGAAGACGUACCACCGGAGACAAAUGCAAACGCUGAAAUUCAUGAAGAGGAAGAAGUGGAAUGCAAAGAAGAAAAGCCAAUACAAAAAGAUGAUAGACCCAGUCUCGAGGAUAGAGCAUUAAUGCUGAAUAAUCUUUUGAAGAGAUUUUCGGAACAAAGAAUCACAGAAAGACGAGGGCCCUGCUAUAAGAUUGAUGAGAUUCUUAAUACAAAAGAAAGAACAGCAAUUCCUCUUGAGCUGAAAAUAAGGAUUAGAAGGGAACUGAAAGGAGUAUAUAGGCCAGACAGCAGCCGAAAGGACACGUGCAUUGAACAAGCAAGGCUUGAGUUCAAUAGGCUUACAGCCAAGAACAUAGGCCUCGUGAUAAAGAAUCUUAAGAGCAUUCGUGUUGGAACCAUCGAAGAGAUGAAGGAAGUGUCAAAUAUUUUAUUCGAUAAGGCGAUUUCCGAGCCUACGUUUGUAAAGUAUUAUGCAUUAGUGGUUCUCGAUCUGAAGAAGGAAUGGCAAUCAGAGGAGGAGAAGAGUAGAGAUGUAAGCCAAACUGUGUUCUUUGGGACACUUCUUACUUUGACAUUGAAGACUCUCGAGAAUAAAGAAAGAUGGGGAGAUGAGUAUAAGAAGAAAAAGGAUAUGACAUUUGAAGAAAGAAUAGCCUACGAAGAAAAGCUUGAAGAGGCAGAAACAGAAAGAUAUAUAAAGAAAAGGAGAACGCUUGGAACAAUCGACUUUCUAUCGUCUCUCUACUCCUUGAAUGUAAUAAGCUACGUGCACAUGAACGCUUGUAUCAAUACACUUAUGAAAUCUGAUGACCCAGAAAAUAUCGAGGUGUUAUGCUAUUUGAUCGAUAACAUAGGCGAAAAACUUGUUGUUAGUGGAAAGGAGCACAUUAUAUCGAUGAUAUGUUCCAGCCUUGUACAAAAGAAAAGCAACUAUACAAAUAGAAUUAGAUACAUGAUAGAAAGUCUUCUUGACAAGAAGAAUUCUUGGAAGUCAAAGGAAUUGAAAGCUGUAAAUGUGUUCUCCUGUCUAGAAGUCGAAAACGACUAUGGAAACACUCAAGACCCAGAAUCUCAAGAACCACACAAAGAAGACGUACUUCCAUUUUUAGCAUCUUUGUCCGAAGAACUAUCGAUGGCAUACGAGGACGAUGACAAAGAACUUCUUUCAGAUAAUCUACAAUCAGGAGAAACUAAGUUUGGAGUUGUCCCAUUCUAUUUAUCGUAUUUUCAAGAAGCUAUAUCGAAUCAUAAGAUUUCAGAUCUGUUUUUUGACUUUUUCAUCUCGUUCAGAAAUACAGCAAGCAUUACUGAAGGCCAGUUGAAAGAGGUUCUUUUAAGUCUCAAGAACGAGCUGGAGAUCCUGAAGAUUGACUUUCCGAUAUCUCCAAAGAAAUAUGCAGAGCUUAUAACAAAACUGAGAGUGUCCAAGAUAAUAUCCCAGUCUCUUCUGGAAGAGCUAAAAACUCCGGACUAUGAUGCAAGAAUUGGAGAUCUAAUUCUCAAAUGGUAUAGAUCAGAUAAGGAUCGAGAAAAGGCACUUACUAUCUUCCCAAGAGAAACGAUAGAGAAUCUCACGAAAUAA